UUGAUUCUGAUAUUGCUCAACAUACCUCCAGAAAUGAGGUACCAUUCCAACAAUAUCAUAUUAACCAUGACCAUUCCAGGACCCCACAGUCCAGGAAGUAUUGAGUCAUUUAUAUAUCUCCUUUUCCAGGAUGCAGCACAGUGUAGUCAAGGUAUAUGGAUGUGGGAUGCUAUAGUUUCCUCCUAUUUCAUAAAUCACAUGUACAUGACUAUGAUUCUGGGAGAUAUGCUAGGCUCAGCAAAGUUAAAUGGGAUGGCAGGACAU